ACGAUCCCAGCCUCUGCUCUCGGCCCUCAACUCUCUCUUUCCCGCCGGAUGUCCUCCUAAAAAAAUUUCCAGAAAUGAGGACCAAAAUAAAAAUUCUUCCUCUUCGAUCGGCGGUUUCCUCGAUUCCUCGGAUCCACCAGCAAAAAUUCUCCCUUCUUUCAAAAAAGAAAAAGAAAAAGAAAACCCAUUUUGGGGUCGAAUUAGGGCAUCAUUUGAUUUAGCUCGAUUGAUGCGUCCGGAUCUCUUUGAAUCGAGUACGAAUGAAGAGCAGCUCGAUGAGGAAGAAGAUCGAAGCACCGAAGGUGAUCUAUGAAGGAUGGAUGGUUCGUUAUGGGAGGAGAAAGAUCGGGAAAUCCUACAUCCAUAUGCGAUACUUUGUUCUUGAAUCGAGGCUCAUUGCUUACUACAAGAAGAAGCCCAAGGAUAACAUGGUGCCGCUCAAGACUCUUCAUAUAGAUGGAAGUUGCAGGGUGGAGGAUAGAGGGCUCAAACCACACCAAGGGCAUAUGGUUUAUGUGCUCUGUGUGUACAACAAGAAAGACAGCUAUAAUCGGAUUACGAUGGCAGCAUUCAACAUCCAGGAGGCUCUGAUCUGGAAGGAAAAGAUUGAACUUGUUAUUGAUCAGUGUCAGGACUCAACUACAUCUGAUGGAAAUAAGCCCUUUGUUUCUUACAAGUCUACACUGGGUCAUCAAAGAAAUGUUUCCUUCUCCUCUGAUCAUGAAAGUCUAUUCAGUCAAGAUGAAGAAGAAGGACAGCAGGCAUUACUUGAGAGGAGAAAGACAAUAGGAAAUGGACCUCCUGAUUCAAUACCAGAUUGGACACAGGAGCUUGAAUCUGGGUUAUUAAAUCAGGAUAACUCUAUCCAAGCUUAUUCUGGAAAACAUUGGCGCUUAGUCCGAUUGCAGAAUGGGUUACGAAUCUUUGAAGAGCUUCUAGAAGUUGACCACCUUGUAUGUAUGCAGCCGCAUAGCUGCAGUAAAGCCAUGAAAGCUGUCGGUGUAGUGGAUGCCACUUGUGAAGCGAUAUUUGAGCUCAUAAUAAGCAUGGACUGCAGCACUCGCUUUGAGUGGGACUGCAGUUUUGAGUACGGUAGCUUAGUUGAGGAGGUUGAUGGACAUACAGCUAUUCUUUACCAUAGAUUGCAUCUGGACUGGAUGCCAAAAUAUGUGUGGCCCCGGGAUCUCUGUUAUGUGCGUUACUGGCGGCGUAAUGACGAUGGGAGCUAUGUUGUAUUAAUUCGGUCGAGGGAGCAUGCAGAUUGUGGCCCACAGCCAGGAUUUGUCAGAGCUCUCAUUGAAAGUGGUGGGUUUAAAAUAUCUCCUCUUAGAUCUCGAAAUGGGAGACCUAGAACUCAAGUACAACACCUUAUGCAGAUUGAUAUGAAGGGAUGGGUAGCUGGUUAUUUCCCAUCAUUUCAGCAAUAUUCUUUAAUUCAGAUGUUGACUAGUGUUGCUGGGUUGCGUGACUGGUUUUCUCAAACAGAUGAAACUCACCCAAGUACGAAAAUUCCUAUCAUGUUCAAUGUGACCUCAGAUUCUGUGUUUGCCAAGAAAGAUCAAGUGGCUGAGGAAUUGGAUGUGCAACCUACUCCUCCAUUGAGUCAAAUUCACUCUGGUAGCAAACAUUCAGUUAUGCUGGAUGAAGACACUGAUGACGAUGAAGAUCAAAUGCCUGCACAUGAAUUAGAGGGAGACUCGGUCAAGCUUGAAGCUGAUAUUAAACAGAACGUUUCUGAUGAGAAAUCAUCAGAUCAAAUUGACAUGUCUUGUUUUUCCGGUAAUCUGCGAUGGAAUGACGAUGACAAGGGUCGUAAUUGUUGGAAAAUAUCUGAUGGAGACAACUUUAAAAUUCGCAGCAAGAAUUUUGCGUCUGACAAAAGUAAGGUUCCUGGCGGGAAGCCUAUUAUGGAGCUUGUGGCAGUUGACUGGUUGAAGGACAUGAAACGAAUGGAUCAUGCUGCCAGACGGCAUGGCUGUGCUGUUCAAGUUGCCUCUGAGAAGGGAUUAUUUUCGUUGGUUAUAAAUCUUCAGGUUCCAGGAUCAACUUAUUACAGUUUAGUUCUUUACUUUGUAACAAAAACGUUGGUACCUGGAUCGCUUUUACAACGCUUCUUUGAUGGUGAUGAUGAGUUCCGAAACAGCAGGUUCAAGCUCAUCCCAGCAGUUCCUAAGGGUUCCUGGAUUGUUCGCCAAAGUGUAGGAAGCAGUGCAUGCCUGUUGGCCAAAGCAGUUGACUGCACCUUCAUUCGAGAACCAAAGUAUUUGGAAAUAGAUGUUGAUAUCGGUUCUUCCACAGUGGCAAAUGGAGUUCUAGGACUUGUCUUGGGAGUGGUUACUACACUUGUUGUUGACAUGGCUUUUCUUGUACAGGGAAACACACCUGAUGAGCUCCCGGAGCAGCUUAUUGGUGCUGUCCGUGUUUCACAUCUUGAGCUCUCAUCUGCAGUAGUUCCAGAAUUUGACGCUAAUCCUUCUGCUCAAGAAGACUGUCAAAUUCAAAAAUCUCUCCCCUAGAAAUGCUAAACAAGAGCAGAGACCAUGAUUCAGAUAAUGCCGCAAUUCAUCUACGCCCAAUAGUAUAUAUGCACGCGGAUGGAAAUUCACAACCAACUUCAUCUCGUCUAUCUUUGUAAAGUUGAGCCGAGCCGAGAGUUUUACCGUGUCAAAAUGGCCACAUGUUUGCUUGAAGUAUCUACGUCUCGCUUCUAAACAAUGCCAAGGAGAAACAUGCUCUGGCUAUGGUGUGCGUUUCCAAUAUGGUUUAUUGAUGAAGUUGAUGACGACCUCACAGAAUUUUAGUACCUCUGUUUCUGAUCUGAGAAGUUUGCUUAGGUUCAGAAUCUGGUUACAACAUUCGGCCACUUUUCAGUUCAUUUCAUUUGUAAUUCUUUUCAUUUUACUUUUUGGGUCUGAUUGAUUCUAAUUGCUGGUCACCUGACUUGUGUAAAUUGUGAAGCUAGGUUUUGUUCAAUAAAGUCCUGGUUGGAUCCAACCAGGUCCUUUUUGCAGUAUAAGAACAUUAUUGAUAUCUAAUGGGGGAGAUUUUCCUUCCUAUUUUCUUUCCUUUUCUUC